GGCGCCAACUCUUUCAACCACCUCGGGAGACUGCUUGACAAUAAAACUAAAAGAUUGAUUCUUUGGACCAUGUUAUUGUACAUGACCUAAUCUCAGUGUUUUAUACAAAUUUCGGUUGACGUAUCUACUGGUGAACUUUAACCUAAUGUGCUUGUUCAAUUUGCAAACUUGUUAAAGAUUGAUACUGAGGUUAGCACUAGGCUAGUCGCUAAUGCUAGCUAGCUAACAUCCCUGACCAUGAGCUCACUGAACUACUCCUCCCUUGCUAAUGAAGCGGAGGUCUGCUGUACGGAUAAAGAGUCUUUCAGAAUGAAAAAGGAGGAAGAGGAGGCUGUUAUAGUGAAAGAAGAGAAUGAACCGUUUAGAGUGGAAGAUGAUGCUAUCUUAAUAAACGUGAAGGAGGAAGACGUUUUGAGAGUGAAAAAGGAGGAGACAGAAGAUCCGAUUGACACUAGAGAGAGACAUGACUAUUAUGGAUCCUCUGCGGAGCCUCAACAACAUCCUGAUGCUGACGAGGAAGAGAAGAGUCUCUCCAGAUCAGAACACCAGAUGGACAACGCUAGCCCUUCCUCCCUCCCGGAGUCCAUGUGUCGUUCUUCUCCUGGUAGCACCUUACUGCUGUGUAUGAAGAGGUUGUCUGUGCUGCUGGUGGACUGCAGGAAAACAACGGGGCUGAGUGGAACUGUGAGAGGAGGAGAAGAGAUGAAAGGAUCAGAUUUGACUCAUCGAAGAGAAAGACCAGACUCAGUGGAACCAGAGCCAGGGACGUCCAAACCCGCAAGACGACACCAGUGCUCCCAGUGUGGAAAGUGUUUCAACCAGUCAGUGGAGCUGAAACGGCAUGAGAGAAUACACACAGGGGAGAAGCCUAAUCACUGCUCCCAGUGUGGAAAGUGUUUCAACCAGUCAUGGAAGCUGAAAAACAUGAGAGAAUUCACACAGGGAGAAGCCUUAUCACUGCUCCCAGUGUGGAAAGUGUUUCAACCAGUCAUGGGAGCUGAAACGGCAUGA